CUCCGUUCGCGUGUUCCGUCACUCUGCGAGUUUGCGUUGGCGCCAUGGGUGGCACCUGCAGCCGCGUCGACGAGCAGCCUCGUGCUCCGCCCGUCUCGCCCAAGCCAAUCUACCGCGGUGGCCUCUCCGUCGACAUCCCUUGCGAGACGGCGGUGGCGGGCUCUCCGGCCCUCUCGCAGGGCAGCAUACCGAGCUCGUCGAGCCCGACGAGUCAUCCGUCCAUGUACCAGCGACGAGUCUUUCCCGCCGAACUGCGGGAGGAGUGGCUCGAGGUGCUCAGUGUGGACGACUGCAGCCGGCGAAGCGCUCGCGCCUCGAGGCUGCUCGCAGCGAGACCCGAGGUGGUGCGCGGUUCGCCGUGGUGGUGGACCGACGACACCGGCUCGCUGCUGCACGUCGCGGCCGAGCGCGGCGACGCGUCCCUCCUCCGCGUCAUCCUCGACGCCGGCGCUCCGGACCUCCCGCUCGCGCUUGACGCCGACGGCCAGGCGGCUCUGCACGUCGCGGUAGCGAACGGGCACCUCGACGCGGCGCGGGUGCUGGUGGAGGUGGCCGCGGCGCAGAGCGGCGGCUGCACCGCGCUCACCCUCCCCGACAAGUACCGCAUGACGCCCUUCCACCUCGCGUGCGAGAAUGGGGACGUUGCGAUGGCCUCCUUCCUGCUCGAGCAGCUCGCCUUGCUGCCUGGUCUCUCGACGCAGGAGGUGGCCGAACUGCGGCGCGGCUCGGCCAACUUUCUGGCGCAGCGCGGGCAGCACGCAAGGGUGGUCGCGCUGCUCGAUUCGGUGCGUUCGCGCUUGUCCGAGGUGUCCUUCCUCACGCAGCGCUCUCGCGACUCUUGGGUCUCGGCCAUCUCGCCGCCGAGGACCCCUGGCGGCGACUCGCUCAACUCGUCGAUGGGCGGCUCGUUUCACUCGCGGUGGGGCUCCUCCCUGCCGACCAUCGUCUCUGGCCGCAACUCCUCGCAGCGCCCCCGCUCCGACGCCUCCGACGGCGACCACAACUCCGCCUCCCCCUCGCCCGUCCCCGCCGCAGCUUGCCUCAGCCUGUCCCUCGACGGGACGGCGCCGCCGCUCCUGCCGGCCUUGCCGCCGACGGCCGAGGCGCUGAGUCGACUCGAGGAGGAGACCACCCGCCCCGCGCGGCGGCUCGCGUUUCGCUAG